AAGGGUAUUAAGGUAAUUGCAUGUGAUGAAGUGCAUGUUGUGGAUCUUGUCAUCUAUUGCUUUAUUUCCCUUUCUCUCCCUCUUAAUCAAUUGCUUGCUUUAAUGCUUCUUCUCCUCCUCCUCCUCCUUCUUGCAUCUCCUCUUUCACUUUCUCUUCCAAUUUCCAACUUCCAUCAUAUAAACUAUAAACAAGAUCCAAUUAAAUGGAACAAGACUCUCCACUGAAUGAUUCAGAUAUCCAACCUUCCAAGAAAAGGAAGGUGGCUGACAAGAUUGUGGUAACAGUGAAGCUUGAAGGCAAAAAGAAGACUGAAAACCCUUCUUGUGAUUGUUGGUCUUGGAGGAAAUAUGGGCAAAAACCCAUUAAAGGAUCUCCUUAUCCGAGGGGCUACUACAGAUGUAGCACAUCAAAAAGUUGUUCAGCCAAGAAACAAGUGGAGAUAUGCAGAACAGAUGCAUCUAUGCUCAUCAUCACUUACACUUCUGCUCAUAAUCAUCCAGACCCUGCUCUCUCCAAGGAAUCAAAACAAGCCAAAACCAAAAUCCCACAUGAUGAUUCAAAUUCUACAGCCCCUGAACCAGAUCAAAAGAAUGAAGACCAGAAACCCAUUAUCACUGUUGUCGAUGAUCAAGAUCCAAUCAUUGAAGAAAACGACAACUUCCGCUACAUCCAAACCCCAGAAAACGAAACCCAUUUAACAGUAGACCUGGAAAAUACAUUCUUUGACGAAGAGCCCCUCUCCUAUCCCAAUCUCAUGACCUUUUCAGCACUGAAAUCGGAAGAAAAUGACUUCUAUGAUGAACUUGAAGAGUUACCCAUGUCUUCCUCGACAUUCAAAAGUUUCAUGAGAACCAAUUUUUUUGAGGAGAGAGUUCUUGUUCAACCUUCUUAAGAAAAGUUCACUCUAUGUAAUUAUAUUUAGCUGUCCAUAAUUUAAGCUAGCUGUAGCUAGUAAUAACAAGCUGAAAAGCAGGCAUCUUUUCACUCUCAAUAUGCUCAAAGACAUGAAUCUCCAAAAUUAAGUGGAAAAUAUAAUAUAUUUAUUAAGUGGAUUA